AUGGACUCAAAUGCAGCAUAUCAAGCUGAUUACUAUUGGGGUAAAGUAACCUCAAAUAUAGAUUGGUGCGAAUUAAAUUACAUAAAAUCAAGAUAUAUAGCAGAAUUUUGGAAUUCAAUUUCAUCAUUUGUAAUAUCCUUAUAUGCAAUCUAUGGUAUUUAUUUAAAUUAUUCAAAGAGAUCAACCUCACCCUAUCAUAUUCAAGUUAUAAAUCAAUUGGGUUUUGUAAAACGUUUAAAUAUUGCAUUCUUUUUCUUAUUUUUAGUUGGUAUUGGCUCAGUAGCUUUUCAUGCAACUCUUUUAUACGAAAAUCAAUUAUUCGAUGAAUUACCAAUGAUAUACACUGCAUUAAUCAUGCUAUAUAUUAUGGUUACUGUCGGUGAAGAAAAAACAAAAAAUGGUUACAAAGGUGGAUGUUUAGGAAACUCUAUUGUACGUCAUGUACUACCAUAUUUUUUAGUUGCCUAUGGUACAUUGGUCACCGUUUGUCUAUUCGUUAUAACAACCCAACCAAAAAUUCUUCAAAUUAGUUACGGUAUUUUAGUAUUUUAUGUUGUCUUCCAUUCAAUUUAUUUACUCAAUAAAAAGAAACCAGAAGGACUACCAAAAUCUCACGAUGGAUAUUUAUAUAAGUACUCUUUUGUUUCAAUGUUAACCGCUUAUGUUUGUUGGUUGGUUGAACGUUUCUUUUGUAAUAAUGGAACUACUUUUGGAUUAGAACUUCACAGUUGUUGGCAUAUUCUCUCGGGUCUCGGUGUAUUUGUUUGGACCCAAUUUCUCAUCUGUAAAUUAUUAGAGGCCAAACACUACUCUGUUGGAAUUAAACACUUUAUUGGUAUACCCCAUGUAUAUGCAAUCAAAAGAUUUUAA